GAUACCUUGUUCGCGGGAAGUCGUCUGCUAUUGAGUACGGUGCGAGUGUGCUGAUGUUCUAUGUUAAUCCCCGAAUUGUCAAUCGUACGACAUAUUCGAUAUAUGUAGUCGAUUAUUCGAUCGUUAAUACUUGUGAUUAUGUGAUGACUUGUUCACGGGAAGUCUUCUGCUAUUGAAGUGAGUGAGAGUGACAUGAUGUUAUAUAUUAAUGAGGAUAGUAAUGGAGAGCCUUGAAGAGAUGGGAAAGAAAGCAUACCAGAAACAAGUUUUUGAAUUGUAUCGUGAAGCCAUAGAUAUCUAUUCUGUGGCUAUAAAGAAACAUGGGGAAGAUAAACGGUUUUUAAAUAACAGAUGCAUGUGCUACAUCAAACUUAAGGACUAUGCGAAUGCAAUGAAGGAUGCUGAUAAAUUAGUUAAAUAUCAUCCCAAAUACAAAAAAUCGUUUUAUCGCCAAGGUGAAAUUAUGAAAUUGUUGAAGCGGUACCCGUUAGCAGAGAAAGCAUUUCUUGAGGUUUUAAAACUAGACCCCUCUUGUGAAGAGGCUCGUCAACAGUUACUGGAAACACAAAUUUUAGAGAUAUGUUCAAACCAUCCAUUUACGGAGCUUCAGGCUGCUGAUGCACUUAAUGCAACAGGGACAGUUGAGGAUGCUGUAGCAUUGCUGAAGUUAGGGGAAUUUGAUAUUUCCUGCUACGACACUGACUUACAGGAUGAUGAUGUGUACCACUCUGAUGAUGAAACUCCAGUGUCCACUGUCACCGAGAAUAAGGCAUAUGAUCCACUGACAGACCCUUCUAAUCCAUUCGGGAGCUGUACAAUAUGGAUUGGUAACAUAACUGCAGCAGUAACUGAAAAGAUGCUAAAGGAAUUAUUUUCUAAGUAUGGAACUAUACUCAGUGUCCACGUGUACCCAGAAAGAACUUGUGCGUUUAUUAACUACAAAGACAGCAGUUCUCCUGGGAAAGCUAUGAAGGCUAUGCAGGGGCGUACAAUUGCUGGAAAGGAAAUACUUAUACGAUUUCCAGACAGGGUAGCCAAUAAUGCAGCAGAAGCAGCCACUCACAAGAAGAAACGUUAAUUAAGUUCUCCAAGUUCUGUGAAUACAAACAUUGUAAGUCAAUGUUGUGAACUGUACUGUAGGAAGAUUGAAAGUUUCUUGAUAUGUCAACAGAUCCUGUUUGGAGAAGUAACAUAAUUGAGUGUUAAUCUCCUUAUUUGAGGACAGUAAUGGAGAUAACAGUGAAGUGGGUAAUGUACUUGAAAUGGGACCAAGACAACUCAGAUUUGAGGUUUGAGGCGUGAAGUGACAAUGUCCCAUGUUGCAGGAGAUUGUAAUAUAUAUGGAUUGUUGAAUUUUUUUCGUGGAAUAAGUAUAUUACAAAGCUGUAAAAAUCAAUCUCAGGACACCAGUCUCCACUUAUGAAGGCUGGGGAAGGAAGUGUUAUUCUGAUGGAUACUGGACUGCAUGAGACUACAUGGAAAGGAAUUAGCAGAUACAGCUGUGAAGAAGGCGUGUAGCGAUAAUCAGGUUGUUCAUUGUGCCAUCUAUUUCCAUGCUAUCACAUCACUCUUGAGGUACAAAGGCAAGUGUAGAUGGAAAGAAGAAGGGCUGGAAGUGACAGACAGUAAAUUGUGACCAGUAAAGUCAGUAAAAGUGGCUAUGGCAUACCUCCUUCCAGCCACGAAGAGAUGAGACUCUUCUCACUCAUCUACACAUUCAUAGAAACAUUGUUCAGACCUAAAUUAUCUGCCACUGACAAAAGUCUGAAUGUCUGCUGUUUUGAUUAGUUCAUUAAAGAAAUAUCCUUAUUAAUUUUUCCUGCCUAAAUUUUUUACUAUGUUCUGAAAAGUUCUUGUUGCUGAAUGAACUUUGUUUUCCUUGAAAAUACAUGCAUUUUGAUUCUCA